CCAUGACGUACGGUCCUAACUGCCGAUUGUCCUGCUUACAGAAGUGUAAGGGAGAGGACUGCGCUGAGAGAGAACGUGGGGACUGUCACACGUCACUCUUUGGCAGGUUCGGCUACCUGUUCUACGCUCUGUGGCUGCUGGUUUUGAUACCCGUGUGUGUGAUGAUCGUUAUCUUCAGAAAGCGUAAGAAAAAAUCAAAGGAAGAUGAAGACGACGAUGACGAUCACCAUGAUGAUGAUCACCAUGACGACGAACAUCACGAUGAUGACGACGAACAUCAUGACGAUGACGAACAUCACGAUGACGAUGAUGUAGAGGACCGACCCGCGUCACGUGGCUCAGCCAGGCCGUCCUUAGCGUCAGUCAAGAGUCAGAAAUCCAAGAAGUAGUUGGCGUCAGUCAUCUAAGUCACGGGCGUCAGUCGUGUUAUCGAAGCAUGACGUCACAAGACAACAGGUCCCCACAGGUCGACCUGAAGGGUAGCCCGUCAAGGUAGCACUGUUAUGGUGACCGACAGGCUACAGUCAGGGUGUCAGUGGCUACCUGUGCUGCAUUGGCUACCGUAAGUGUGGGGGCGAUAGAAUCAGCCAAUUUUUGUGAGGUUACAUGUGUGUGGGGCAAAUGUUGUGUGGUGAUAAAUGGUGUGUGGGGGCCACACUGUGUGGGGUUGAAUGUUGUGUGGUGAUAAAUUUUGUGCGGGGUAACACACUGUGGGGUUGAAUGGUGUGUGGGGGCCAUACUGUGUGGUGUGAGUUCACACGUUUGGUGCUGUACAUUUACUUGACAAUCAUU